UGUAGCACAAUCCAUGAAUUUACUUUUAAAACCAAACAAAACUAAAUCUAUUAAAACUGAUAAUAAAUUAUAUUUCUGUCAAUCCUUUAGGUUUAUAAUGAAUUUCUCAUCAUUAAAAUUUAAUAUUAUCUCAGAAGUAUGUCUGUGUUCUAAAGAAAAUAAUAUUUCUCUAGAAUUUCUCUUGAUGUUAACAUGUAGUCCUAUUUCUCUUGUUAAGAUUGUCCCUUCUUCCCAAGGAGAAUGCCUUUUUCAAAGUUUGGCUUCUCUGGAGUGCAGCUUCAGUUAAUGCAUCCAUGCACUGUGUGAACAUGUGGUAAAAGCAGGAAAAUCUUGGGUCUGUUUAGGUGGCAUGGCAAACCAGGUGACAUUAAGACAAGAAAACUUAGUGACAGAGUACUUUUACUGUACAUGACCUUAGUAUUCCUCGUAGAAGGUGUUUUAUUUUUUUUACUGCUGGGAAGAAAUCUUGUCUAAAAUUUUGCUGGUUUUCACUUUUUCCUCUGUUCAUUGUAGUAGUCAAUAGUUGCUGCCAAGAAAAAAAAAAAGAGAAAAGGAAGAAUUGAAAGUUUUUUAACAAAAUUACUGAUGCAGUGGCAGAACGGAACAUAAGGAAUAUUUUUAGAGUUCUGGGAUGUUGUUUCCUGUGAAGCAUCACAUGAUGGGAACCUGAUGUCUUGCCUGAACUCUCUAAGUGCAGUAGCUAUAUUCUGUAAAGACCUAAAAUGGCAGGUGUUAGCUAGCAAAUGAAGAGUAUUACUUUCUUAUAUCAUAUGAUAUUGACCUGUCUGUAAAAACAACAAAGAAACCUUUCUUCUGGCAGUUUCUUGUUUGAUGCUGUAUGCUGGAGAUCACUGUACCAGCUCUGUGCAAAACAGUGUAUGGAAGCUGUUGACUUCACUGGGAAUGGAGUAUCUGUUGUCAGUGAAGAUAGAGGUAAUUUUCUGAAAUAUGCACAGUCUUAGAACCACUACAAGUGGAGAACUGAGUCCCAGUUUCAAAAGUGACUUCUGUUCCUUCAUGGCAGAGUGACCAUAUAAAUAUCAUACCCCAUUAUUUGCUUGGUUAAAGACUGAAGAAAUUCCAAAGAUUAAUGUAAGGGAUUUACUGAUAAACAUUCACUCUAAAAGUGGAUUAAUGGGAGAUUCUCAAUUCAGAUAUUAAAUGGAAAUGUGUGUUUAUUUUUACCGGGAAAAUUUUGAUUUUGUAAUUUGUACAUUCUGACUGAGCACUGUAAAUACUUUAAAUAUUAAAAAAAAGUUGAAAGUGUUUAAAAAGUCAAUGCAACUAACUUCAACCAACUUUAAUGACUUUUCUUUUAAAAAUGUUUUGGUUUUUUAUCCUCUCAUUUCGCCAAAAAAAAAAAAAAAAGAAAAGCAAGCUUUUUCGGUUUUCAAUUAACUCAGAAGAUCUGGGAACCAUUGUUUAAAUUGAGUUGUAACUUUUUUAUUAAGGCAAAUGGAGAGGCCCAUUCUGCAGGUAUUUUGAAUAAUGAUCAUUGAUUGCACAUUCUAGUUGCAGUAAUAAAUAAUGAAGAUGCAAAACAGGAGUUGGGCAGUGGUGUUAGCAUGACCCUGUUUCUAGGGUAAUGUAAUCCACUUAGCCAGAGUAGCUUACUGGAAUAGAAACCACAAUGUUACAUUUAUACUGCUCCUCUGGCCCACUCUGCUCAUAUCUAGCUGCUGUACCUUCUCAGGGUAAUGUAUUAAAGAGCUCAAGGCCUUUCUUUUUUCUGGCAGGGCAGAAAUCCUGAAUACUGAAAUCCUAAAAAACAUUAAAUAUGCAUGAUAUACUAGAAAAGGAAUUAUGGUUUCUCCUAAAUUUAGUCAAAACUAAGCAUUCAUAUAAAAUAAGCUCAAAUAUGAAUAUCAUGCAAAAACUUGUCCUGUGAAAAGACAGCACUGUCAUUAGCCAGCUGUGUACAAAUGGUCUUUGUUUCUAUAAAUACACAUGUGGGCUAGGAAAAGCAACUCUACUCUCUCAGCAUUUGGAGAAACCCACAGACAUGUCUGGCAUAUUCCUCUCUACAGAAGCUGAAUGUGCCAAACACUUCUCACCAGACUUUCAAAGGCUAAAAUGCAAUUGACUUAAAGAAAGGAGAUCUGUGCUAUGGCAUCUAAAACCUGGUGCAUUAAGGAUGUUCUUUCUGAAUAGCAGAGGUACACUGUGUACAUUACAUUACAUCCUUCAGAUUUGUGGAGAUGUCAUCCAUAUGAAAGAAAACUCUCUUGAGAUUCAAAUCUGUCAUCUUCCCUGCAAAAAAAAAAAAAAAAAAAACCAAACCAAACCAAACCAAAACAAAACAAAACAAAACAAAACAAAAAAAAAAAAACCAAAAAAAAAAAAUAAAACAAAAAAAAACAACUAAUAGCACAAUGAGAAAUAGUAGUGAGAUAAGCUAUGAAGGAAAAUGAUCCUUAAUGCCUUUGGUGGCUAGGCUUUAAUUCCUGAGGUAAUCUACUAUCUGGUGUCUGGAUACAUGCAAACAUAGCACCACUUAACACACCUUUUGAUCAUUUAACAUCUAGAGAUGAGAGGCCCAGAGUGUGUUUUGGACUUGGAUUACAGUGCCAGUGAAUUAGGUUUCCUGAUGUUAUUACAUCAGCUUUGAAGGGAUGGCCUGCCAAAAAUGUAAUAGCACAGGAAAAACAGGUGGCUCUUAGCAAGAGCUCUGUCCUCAAUUCAGACUGCAAGCUCUACUAACUGUCCAUAAAGAAAAAAAAUACUAUUGUACUGAAACAAUAGAGAAAGAAAUGAAAUAAAAGCAAAUUCAGAGUUGUCAAAGACAUACUGGACUUUACAUAUAGCCCUAAUUAUCCUUUGUUCAGAUAUACCAAGAGUGCAUCUACCAGGGGUCCUAAAGAGAUGUUUUCCCUUGGAUUAUUCCCAAGCCCUGUAUCAGCCUCUGAUAUAGAGCAGAGACUUUGUGCCACAUCAGCAAAUGUCAUCUUUGUCACAGCUGGCCCUGUGAUAUUGGGAGGGUGUUGCAUGACAGGCUCAGAUGGCUGCUUCCCUCAGGUUCAAAAAUAAAGCAGUCUAGUUUUCAUUUUUCAGUCUAUGAAAAGAGGAACACAAGCAAAUGAAGCAUGACCUUUUCCAGCCUCUGGUGGCUUGAAUUCAAAGUUCAAAUACAAAAUCAAAAUACAGCUUCCUCCAUAGGGUCUUAUGUGCAUAAACCGGUGUGUUCAUAUGUUCAUCUACAUAAUUUUGGCUGUCCAUGUGUACUUUAAUUUCUGCAUUUAUAUGAACUGUGAUGGCUUACUAACAGAAACAGGGUAGUAAAACCUGGACUAAAUGGAAGGACAAAUUUCAUGUAAGUUAUUACCAUAUUCAGGGAUGAGCGUUCAGCUCUUAGCAUCAGGAAUAUAUGAGAUGUCUGUAAAGGAACACAAAACUGCCUUUUCCUUCUGCUGCAGUGUGGCCUGAGAAAGAGUGGCUGAACAAUUGGUAGCAAAUGGAAAAAUUAAUUUAUUGAAUUUACACAACCUCUUCCCUAAAAAGCAUUGCUAUAAUCAGGGGAAUUUGCUAUUCUCUAGCUUACGUAUGUUGGUCCUGUUAAUCUUUCAUGUCUCUUAUCAGUCCUACAACAAAGAAGCCUUUGUAAAUUAUACCUUCUAGCUGUGACUUUUCAGAGAUAAUGAAAAAGAAUGUGCUAAUGCUGAAAUUGUAACAGCACAGGACCAAUGGAAGUGAGAUGUUUGGCAUAUUUUAUCACUGCGGGGCCUGACCAGAAAUGAGACUCCGAGACAGAUCUGGGUUCAGAGCAUGCAGGGCAGGAGAGACCACUUUAUUUACAAAAACACAGUUUUAUACAUUUCCUAUGAGGCCUGUGUAUUGGAGGAUGGAAUUCCCACCUCCCCACCAGAUUGGCUAAGGAGGCUGUCAUUCAACCUCCCCUUCUCCUUGAGAAGGAAUUCAUAACAAGGGCAGUGUUUAUAAAACAUGGUCCUGUGUUUAUAUUCACGAGUGCGAGAAACUGCACAUUUGUCCUUUAAUAUGAACGCUCGGCAAACCAGGAAAAAACCUCAUGGCAACAAUAUUUCAUAAAGCAGCUAGAUAUAAAAAUAAAAAGGAAUAUCAAAUUGAUAUAUUUUUUGCCCAGACAUGGACAGACAGCCGUCUUCGCUUCAACAGCACCAUGAAGAUACUGACUCUGAACAGCAACAUGGUUGGCUUGAUCUGGAUCCCAGACACGAUAUUUCGUAACUCAAAGACAGCAGAGGCUCACUGGAUCACCACCCCCAACCAGCUCCUCCGAAUAUGGAAUGAUGGCAAGAUCUUGUACACCCUCAGGCUUACCAUCAACGCUGAGUGCCAGCUGCAGCUGCACAACUUCCCCAUGGAUGAACACUCAUGUCCUCUGAUAUUCUCCAGCUAUGGCUAUCCUAAAGAGGAAAUGAUUUACAGAUGGAGGAAAAAUUCAGUGGAGGCUGCUGACCAGAAAUCUUGGAGACUCUAUCAGUUUGACUUUAUGGGUCUCAGAAAUACUUCAGAAAUUGUGAAAACCUCUGCAGGUGAUUAUGUAGUCAUGACUAUAUACUUCGACUUAAGUAGAAGAAUGGGAUACUUUACUAUACAAACAUACAUUCCCUGUAUAUUAACAGUGGUUCUUUCCUGGGUAUCCUUCUGGAUCAAAAAAGAUGCCACACCAGCAAGAACAGCAUUAGGCAUCACCACAGUAUUGACCAUGACAACUUUGAGUACCAUCGCAAGAAAGUCAUUGCCCCGUGUUUCCUACGUCACCGCCAUGGAUUUGUUUGUGACUGUAUGCUUUCUAUUUGUCUUUGCUGCUCUGAUGGAGUAUGCCACCCUCAACUACUACUCAAGUUGCAGGAAACCAAACUGUACUAAGAAGAAAAAGUCGCUACCUGAUGUAAGUUUUGGUCAUGUAAUGAAUUAUUCUGUACUUGAUAUGAGACCACCAACUACAGUCAUCACAUUGAACAAUGCCAUGUAUUGGCAAGAUUUUGAAGAUGCGUGUGUCUAUGAAUGUCUGGAUGGGAAAGACUGUCAGAGCUUUUUCUGUUGUUAUGAAGAGUGUAAAUCAGGCUCAUGGAGGAGAGGACGGAUUCACAUAGACAUCUUAGAACUGGACUCUUACUCUAGGGUCUUUUUUCCUACAUCCUUCCUGCUGUUUAACCUGGUCUACUGGGUUGGAUACCUCUAUCUUUGAAUGUUGCCUGUAGCAGUGAAGACUGCUGCAUUUUCUCACUGCAGAUGGAUGGUGAAAGUGCAGAAAAAGUGAAGGACACAGUCAGCUUCAUCUCAGAUUAUAAAGACCACAUCAACCUUCACCAUCACAGAGCCUGAUGAAGAAUUUUAACAUGUAAUUUCCUCAAAAAGCAAAACAUGGAAGAAUUCUCUCCGAACUGCUAUUCAUUUUAAGAAAAAGGUUCUUACAAAGUUCAGCUGAAUUUGUAGUGUAAGCGAUGUUUAUGAAUAAUUAUAGUAUAUUAAAAUCUCUACUAUUGUCCCUUGCCAUAGCAGCUAUUCACAAUUCAGGCAAAGUUUAAAUAUGUAAUUUUUAUUUUUUCAUUCCCAUACUUUCUUCUAAAUGUUGCCAUGUCCCUAAGGCUCAGAGCAAUGUACACUGGCACUAGCAAAUAAGCCAAAGCCAAUGAAAAUGCUCAUUUGUAUUUAAAUUUGCUUUUUACCAUAAGUUUUGGGAAAUUGAAGAUCUCCUUGAUAUACAGUAACCACCAAGAGACAAUAAGAAAUGACUGGUAGGAUCAAAAUGUGGACCUUACUUUCUGCAGAGAUCUGGGAUUCAUGGAAUAAGCCACUUACCCACACAUAUUGGUUUUGACUUAAAGGUGAAAAGGCAGACAGGGAAGAAAGCUAUAAUUUUGAUAUAAAUAAGACUUGCCUAUCUGUGAGGCAGCUGUGGGCAUAACUUCUACAGUUUUUCAAGCUUUUAACUGUGUUUUUUAUGACUCAUUAAACACAGGAUUGUCAUUGAUUUCUAAGGUACCAUACUUGAAGCAGGACAAGAUUCCUGCUUGUUUGUCAUUGUAGCAGUUCAUAGUACAUAGCCCAUGAGUAAAAAUCACUAUAUAAUAGCACCAGGAAUAUGUGAAUUCCUUUGGAUUUCAAUCUGCUAAAAAGUGUGCCCAGACAUUUUUAUUUUUUUUCUCAAACUCGUAUUAUAAAAUUGAAAAACAUUUGCCAAAGGUCUUUUUUCCCUCCUUUUCACAACAUUAAACACUUCAGUAUUUACUCACGGUAGUUGUUCCCCAGGCCUGAGCUAAAGACUGAACACUUGUGGCUUGACUAGUGCAUUACAGGAACUCAGUUGUGACACUUGGAUUAAAUAUGAAAUAGUUGCCACAUAUAGAAAGAGGUUCUUUUCAUUGUUUUCCAAAAUUUCUAUAUUUUACACUAAAAAACAAUUUUGUACUUUUCAAGGUUUUGACCAAUUCUAAACUACUCAUUUUUUUCAAAAACUAGUUUUACAGUAUUAAACUAAGUGAUGUCUUUUACAGACUGUCUACACAAUUGCUAUUAAGCAAACAAACCACAUCCAUAAUUAAAUAGCAAUAGCUUUUCACUACCCUUUGCAUGACAAAUUGUUACAAAAGAUUGAAGUUAAAAGAUAAUUAAAACAACAAUUCUAUUUCUUUUCUCUUUUGGAGAUAAUUUUUUUAUUAACUGAAAAAAGUGUGUCUCUUCCACACAGUAUUUGAUGAAAAAUUGAAUAGUGGAUGUGACUGAAAAGGAGUUCUUUUUUCCUCAAAAGGAAAACCCUGCAAACAAGCAAAAACUAAUGCAACGGUAAUUCUAAAGGAACAGAAAUUCUAUCAUGUUCUUUGAAACAUCACUGUCUUGCUGCCAUGGCUGUUACUCUGUUCUUCCACUGAGUUUUUAAACAAAAACAAAAACAAAAACAAAAACAAAAACAAAAACAAAAACAAAAACAAAAACAAAAACAAAAACAAAAACAAAAACAAAAACAAAAACAAAAACAAAAACAAAAACAAA